CACCUCUCCGCCUGUGCAACACACACUUUACACACGCACGGGGACUGCAAGCGGGCUGCAUCGAUCGCGGCUCCUUUAAGACAAACUCAGACAGACAUUUUUUUCAACCCUCCUCCUCCUCUAAUCUCCCUCCAGUGCAGCAGUUGCAAAGAGGGAGAGAGAGAGAAAGAGAGAGCGAGAGAAGAGAGAAACUGAUUAGGAAUUAGGACUGAUUCAAAGAAAGCGAGCGCUAGGGCUUUGUGCAUUUGAAUAUUAACAUUUGAGGUGUUCUGACCAGAAGAAGACAGAGCGGAUGAUCAUUCAUUCCCCACGUUGACAACCUCGCCUGUGAUUGACAGCCGGAGUGGCAGAAAGCCAUGAGAUUUGGUAGUUGGGUCUGAGGGGCGCUUUUUUUUUUUUAACAGAAUUUUUGGGGAGAGAAGAGAAGACCUGCUUUUCUUUCUUUCUUUCUUUCUUUUUUUUCCUCCCCCCGCUGCUGUCUUGGAAACGGAGCGCUUUUAUGCUCAGUGACUCGGGUUCUUUGCUUCGGGUUCCUUAGACCGAAGAUCUGGGACCGGUAGCUCACGUUGCUGGAGACGUUAAGAGAAUUUUCGCCGUUUUUUUUUUUUCCCGGGACUUUGCGUAUUCGUUUCUUUUCACACUGGCCUUAAAGAGGAUAUAUUAGAAGUUGAAGUAGGAAGGGAGCCAGGGAGGCCGAUGGCGCAAAGGUACGACGACCUGCCCCAUUACGGGGGCAUGGAUGGCGUAGGCAUCCCCUCCACGAUGUAUGGGGACCCGCACGCUGCCAGGACCAUGCAGCCGGUCCACCACCUGAACCACGGGCCUCCUCUGCACUCGCAUCAGUACCCGCACACAGCUCACACCAACGCCAUGGCCCCCAGCAUGGCUUCCUCCGUCAAUGACGCUUUAAAGAGAGAUAAAGAUGCCAUUUAUGGACACCCCCUCUUCCCUCUCUUAGCACUGAUUUUUGAGAAAUGUGAAUUAGCUACUUGUACCCCCCGCGAGCCCGGGGUGGCGGGCGGGGACGUCUGCUCUUCAGAGUCAUUCAAUGAAGAUAUAGCUGUGUUCGCCAAACAGAUUCGCGCAGAAAAACCUCUAUUUUCUUCUAAUCCAGAACUGGAUAACUUGAUGAUUCAAGCCAUACAAGUAUUAAGGUUUCAUCUGUUGGAAUUAGAGAAGGUACACGAAUUAUGUGACAAUUUCUGCCACCGGUAUAUUAGCUGUUUGAAAGGGAAAAUGCCUAUCGAUUUGGUGAUAGACGAUAGAGAAGGAGGCUCAAAAUCAGACAGUGAAGACAUAACGAGAUCAGCAAAUCUAACCGACCAGCCCUCUUGGAACAGAGAUCAUGAUGACACGGCAUCUACCCGCUCAGGAGGAACCCCAGGCCCCUCCAGCGGUGGCCACACAUCACACAGUGGGGACAACAGCAGUGAGCAAGGUGAUGGCUUGGACAACAGUGUAGCUUCCCCCAGCACAGGUGACGAUGAUGAUCCAGAUAAGGACAAAAAGCGUCACAAAAAGCGUGGCAUCUUUCCCAAAGUAGCCACAAAUAUCAUGAGGGCGUGGCUGUUCCAGCAUCUAACACACCCUUACCCUUCUGAAGAACAGAAGAAGCAGCUGGCACAAGACACGGGACUCACUAUCCUUCAAGUGAACAAUUGGUUUAUUAAUGCCCGGAGAAGAAUAGUGCAGCCCAUGAUAGACCAGUCCAAUCGAGCAGUAAGUCAAGGAACUCCUUAUAACCCAGAUGGUCAGCCAAUGGGAGGCUUCGUAAUGGACGGUCAGCAACACAUGGGAAUCAGAGCGCCAGGGCUGCCAAGUAUGCCAGGGGAGUAUGUAGCUCGGGGUGGUCCAAUGGGUGUAAGUAUGGGACAGCCAAGUUAUACCCAACCCCAGAUGCCCCCGCAUCCUGCUCAGCUGCGUCAUGGGCCCCCCAUGCAUACGUACAUUCCUGGACACCCUCACCACCCAACAGUGAUGAUGCAUGGGGGACCGCCCCACCCUGGAAUGCCAAUGUCAGCAUCAAGCCCCACGGUUCUUAAUACAGGAGACCCAACCCUGAGUGGACAAGUCAUGGACAUCCAUGCUCAGUAGCUUAAGGGAAUAUGCAUUGUCUGCAAUGGUGACUGAUUUCACAUCAUGUUUUUUUCUGCAAUGACUGUGGAGUUCCAUUCUUGGCAUCUACUUUGGACCAAGGAGCAUCCCUAACUCUUCAUAGGGACUCGUAAAAAGCAGGAACUAUCAACCGAAGUCAAUUUGGGGGACAAGCUAAAUAACUAUAUGAGACAUUAAGAGAACAAAGAGUGAAAUAUUGUAAAUGCUAUUAUACUGUUUUCCAUAUUACGUUGUUGCUUAUAGAUUUUUUAAAAAAAAAUGUGAAAUUUUUCCACACUAUGUGUGUUGUUUCCAUAGCUCGUCACUUCCUCCAGAAGCCUCCUUACAUUAAAAAAAAAAAAAAAAAAGCCUUACAGUUACCCUGCAAGUGACAGGAAAGUCUGAUUUGCAGGAUUUUUAGAGCAUUAAAAUAACUAUCAGGCAGAAGAAUCUUUCUUCUCGCCUAGGAUUUCAGCCAUGCGCGUUGCUCUCUCUCUCUCUCUCUCUCUCUCUCUCUCUCUCUCUCUCUUCUCUCUUCCUCUCUCUCCCUCUUUCUAGCCCGGGGCUUGAAUUUGCAUGUCUAAUUCAUUUACCCACCAUAUUUGAAUUGGCCUGAACAGAUGUAAAUCGGGAAGGAUGGGAAAAACUGCAGUCAUCAACAAUGAUUAAUCAGCUGUUGCAGGCAGUGUCUUAAGGAGACUGGUAGGAGGAGGCAUGGAAACCAAAAAGGCCGUGUGUUUAGAAGCCUAAUUGUCACAUCAAGCAUCAUUGUCCCCAUGCAACAACCACCACCUUGUACAUCACUUCCUGUUUUAUGCAGCUCAAAAACAUAGACCGAAGAUUUAUUUUUAAUAUGUUGACUUUAUUUCUGAGCAAAGCAUCAGUCAUGUGUGUAUUUUUCCAUAGUCCCACCUUGGAGCAUUUAUGUAGACAUUGUAAAUAAAUUUUGUGCAAAAGGACUGGAAAAAUGAACUGUAUUAUUGCAAUUUUUUUUUGUAAAAGUAGCAGUUUGGUAUGAGUUGGCAUGCAUACAAGAUUUACUAAGUGGGAUAAGCUAAUUAUACUUUUUGUUGUGGAUAAACAAAUGCUUGUUGAUAGCCUUUUUCUAUCAAGAAACCAAGGAGCUAAUUAUUAAUAACAAUCAUUGCACACUGAGUCUUAGCGUUUCUGACGGAAACAGUUUGGAUUGUAUAAUAACGCCAAUCCCAGUUGUAGUCGUUUGAGUGCAGUAAUGAAAUCUGAAUCUAAAAUAAAAACAAGAUUAUUUUUGUCA